CGUGUCCAACCAGCAACAUGCCCAUGCAAGGGUUGGUGAUGUUUCAUCACGCGUGGACUCCCGACCAGGGCAUGCGUGGACUCGUUGGAGCAGCUUGCAGGCUCUGCACUCGCCAUCACCCGCUAGCAAAAGAUCUCUUCGGCACUUGUUGCCUGGGCGUAGUGCCACCGAGCGGUGCCCGAGCCGUCGUCGCGAUGACCUCAGUUCCCCCGACGCGGGGGGCGGCCACACCGACACCAGACGCUCGCUCACCACCACAGCUUGGGCUGGUCCUUCUACCGUAUCGCCUUGAGUCAUGGUUCCCGCAGCCUCCACGUGGUGUAUGCAGGAUGACCAAGAUGUCCACGAUGGCCCAGUCGUGGCUCCAUUGUAUCUGCGGAGGUGCUUCAACACCCUCGCCGUCAUGGUCCGAUAUAUCCUCGCAGCUCAGACACGGACCACGUCUAUCGCUGACGGAUCCGCUGCUCGCAGGUGUAUUCGGAUCCGCGCAUCCAUGUUGUUCGCCCUCUCGAGAGGCAUUCGUAGGCCCAAGGCCAGCCUCGUGGGGCUCUCUGACGAGUCACGACGGCGCUGGGACGUGGGCGGCAAAACGGUGCAGGGAUUUACCGGGCUGGGAGGCGACUCGUAUGACCCGCACGAGGGAAAAGACGGGCGAGAUCCAUCCACGGACCCAGGAUAAAACGACGAGUCUGGGGCCCCGUACGGCUGAUAUACUGAUUCUGGAGCCGUGGUGCGAGUUAUCCGAGGUUAUCUCUAUCUUCUCCGCCGAUCCGGGGUAAUAUCUGGGGGCCGAGCCUCCUACAGACCCCGAGACGAGCCCUCGAGGUGUGAACGGCUCACAUCCUGCGCCGUCCAGCUUCCCCAAGGUGUGUCGCCGUGUUGGUUGUGAGGCCAGGGAUCAGCAAGGCUCCCUGGUCCGAGGCUCAUGCGCGCAUAAAAAAGACGAAAAAAAAGAGGUCACAUCCAGUGCGACGAAAGCCCACGGUACCAUGUAACGGAGCGGGGC